GGCUUCAGUGACGCUCUACGCGUAUAACUUGCAGUCCCAGGAUGUGUUCGAGAGCCGAAUCGAGCAGCUGGACUACUGGAGAGGCUGCGACACCGAUGGCAACUGUCGGAUCCAAAAGGUGGAGGAUGUGGCAAGUUUCUGGACUUGGAUGCAGACUGAACUGGUGCCACUGGCCUACACAGAUGAUGUAGAUGCACCAAAGGUGGCACAGAUAGAAACGGUGUUUCCGAGCCUCAAAUUCAACAGCCUUUGCAGGAGCCCCAGAUACCUCAGUGACACGCGCAGUACAGUCCUGCUGGGCUCGCUGAGAAUGCGGCAGCUGCGUGUGCAGCCCAAUGUGGGCUGCAGUGUCACCGCGCUUGUGCAGCACGUUUACCCAGAUUGUUAUUCCACAUAUGAUGUCAGCCGGCAAAGCCAGGAACCUUAUGAUCCACGCUUUGCUCCUACAUACCUCACGAAGGCCUAUCGGUGGCAGCCUGUGGAAGAGACCCAGCAAGUAGCCCUUACAGGAUCUGCUGGUUCUUAUUCAGGCUCAGGGUACUUCAUUGAUCUCCCGGCCAACAAGUCACACGCUUCUGGAAUGCUUCGUGAUCUGCAUGUCUGGCGUUGGGUGGACAAGCUAACCCGUGCGGUUACGAUAGAGCUGACGACAAUGAGUACCAACGUGAACGUCAUAGCCGGAGUCAUAUUGUUCGAAUUUACUCCCAAUGGAGCAGUGACUGGAACUGUGUCUAGCACAGCAAUGCGGACCUUUUUCUUCACACCUUCAGUGCAGGGCUCCAACUUGUUUGCCUUCAUUCUUCUCAUUUGGUUGUCACUGAUGUUUUUCAUUUUCACGCUCUAUUCAUUAUGGCUCAUGUACAAGACAUGCUUUAAUUACUUGGGACAGAACCCGCUGGGGUACUUGAAGCGGUCUGGCUGGACUGCUAGACUACUGUUCCCCUUCCGAACUUUGUACCAAUUCUUCCGCUAUGGAUGGAACUUUGCAGACAUGGUCAUUCUGGGCUCAUUUUAUGUGCAUUUAGGAUUCCGUAUUUCUGCAUAUGUGGCUGUUGGCAACAAUCCUGCCUUGCAGCCUGAUGUUGUUGGUCAUCCUGAAGUUUUUAUGCCAUUCGGACAGCUCAUGGAGCCUUUGGUCUUAGGCAACAACCUUUUGGCUCUGCUGUCAAUCACCUGUUGGGUGAAGCUGUUCAAGUAUCUUUGCAUGAGCAGCUAUUUCCGGCUAUUGGUGAGAAUAUUGGAGUCUUGUGCUGCCAGGCUCAUCAUUUUUGCAGCCCUCCUGCUAGUUGUCUUCUUCGGCUUUGCUGUGGCCUUUUCGAUUGGCCUUGGCACAACGGAUAGAAACUUUGUGACGAUCCCUGGGUCCUUCCUUGUCCUCUUCUUUCUGCUGAUCGAUGGCUACUCCAUUGAUAUCGAAUGGUUUCGACCUGGCAAGGAUCAGCUUGUCACCUUGAUUUUCCUUGGGUACAUCGCCUUGAUUUACUUUGUCCUUCUGAACAUCUUCGUUGCGAUCGUUCUGGACACCUUUUCUUUGGCCUCGCGACUCUAUGCGGUGGAGGCCAACAAGCAGAAUCCAAUGAUUGUCUUUCUACGGACAUAUUGGAACUGGAUGAAGGGCCAGUCUUUAGUCAAAGAUGAAUCAGAGGAGCACAUGAACCCGAAGGAUCUUUCUAUCACAUUGGACCUCUUGCCGGGCCUUGUGCGGCGGAAGUGGGUGGAGAAGAAGAGAAGGAUGCAGCGGGUGGCAGAUGAGAACUUUGCCGGAAUGGAUCUUUUUCCUGAGGAUGUAGAUCGGUCACUAUCCAAGAAAAGGGCAGAACAAAUGCUCACAGAUUGGAUGCUUCCUAGCACUCAGACCGAUGUCUUUGAUCAGAUGACUGCGCCACUGGAGCACAAGCCCUUGGCGCUCUAUGAAAUCCCUGAUACAGUGAUGAAUCAGGAGAUCAGUCGCGCGCAGCUGCAACGCUUGAUGGACGAAGAUUCCACUAUUCCUCUCCUUCUCGGUAGCAAGAGGGCUGUUGAUGUCAUUCGCAAGUUCAAGAGUGUGGAGAAGGAGGAGAGUGGCCAGCCCAUCAGCGCAGUCAAGGCUAUGCAGGGGACCAUAUUUGGCCGAAUUGACAAACUCGAGCGAGUCAAGUUGGAUGAUGACGUCCCCGAGGUGCCUGAAAUGACUCAAAUUGCGGAGCAGAUGAGUGGUGCCAUUCUGGACCUCAGGAAUCAGUUCCGAGUGCAGCUCACUGGUGUGAUAGAAUGCACCGCGGUCCUCUUUGAACAUUUGGUGGAGUUGACUCAGGGCCUGGACGAGGCGGCGGCCGCGCGGCAGCGCUGCGCCUCGCGCACUGAGCAGCUGGCCGCGUCGCUGCGGGCGAGGCUCACGGAGCUUGAGGCAGACAUCUUCGACAGGCCUGCAAGAGCUGCCCUGUCAGAUGCAGGCCAGGAAACUUACGAUGCUCUGACAAGUCUGCAGCAGGACAUGCUUGCAGUGAUGCAAGAAGUCCGCAGUUUGCACGAGCGGUGCAACACCCUGCAGGAUCAUCUUGAUGCACGCAGCAGCUCUGAACUGCGGAGCUCGAAGCGACUUCAGGAGCAACAUCUGAAGCUGGAACAGCUUCGAGCAGACGGUCAGGACUGCGCUGCACGAGUGGAAGAACACGAGGUGCGUCUAGGUGUGGCCAGAUCCAAAGUGGAAACUCAGGAUCAGCGCCUGGCAUCUUUGGGUGAUCGCAUGGAACGAGCUUUGCAAGGCGAAGCCCUCUUGCCAUACGUAGAGAUGCAUUGUCACCAGGCCGUCCUGAAGCUUAGAAGUGAGCUGAUGGCCUGGUGUGCUGAUUCCUUUUCUGGCAUGAGGGCACAAGUGGCACCACAUGGUUCCGAAGAGGUGAAGGGCUCUGCUGGAAGUUCUGAGACUCUAGCGGCUAUCCAGCGCAGUGUGGCUGCAGCUCAAAGAGGCCUUGGCGAGGUGAAGCAGACCCUUCAAGUGGUCGUGGAGCAUCGUUCAGGUUCUGGGCACGAGGCGAGACAUGAGCUUUCUGCGGUGGUCCAUCGCAUGUCAGCACAAGAGUUGGCAAUCUCAUCCUUGAAGAAGCGAAUGGAGGAUGUCAAAACGUCUUUGGAGGAGCGCCUUGACAAAGCUGAGACCUCCUCAGAGCGAGUGGCUGGGCUCUUCCAGGAGCUGCGCCAAGAUAUGGCCAGGCUGCUGACAGAGGAAUCCAGUGCGUCCCAAGAGGUGGCAGGGCCUCAUGAAGAGCUGAAAUGUGGAGAAGUGAUUGAACCAGGCCCUGUGAGUCUGGUGUGCUCAGAGCCUGUCAAGGUUUGCGCUGCCAGCGUUUCUGGUUGUGCACCUGCUAUGUCCGCGUGGCCAAGAAUGGAGAAUGACAGCCAGUCUAAGCAGCAUGGGCCAAGUUGGCUAGGGGCAGAAAGUGAAGCUCAUGCGGAAGGAUGGCUGAACUGUCAAGAAAGUCAAGCCAAUGAGCUUGCGGAACUUGAAGGCUGGGUGGAAUCUUUGGUCGAAAGGGACCCUGCUGAAAACCUGCCGCCGCUUGGAUCUGCAACCCACUCCUCCAAUGAAGCAGCACCUGGGAGCGGCUCCGCUUGGCCGGAACACAUCCAGGCCUCCAGUGCAGAGUUUCCUGAGCUGGUUGAGCCAGAGGUCCAGAGUUCCAGCUCUGACCCGAGUGAAGGUCUGAAAGAGGAGUCUAAGGCGGAGAUGCCCAGCUACAACCUGCAGGAUUCAGGCAUAGUUCCUCAUCGUCGGAGAUCCUUCCAACCUUUGACCUUGGUAGACUCUGAGGGUGAGUACGAUGAUGACGAGUUCGAGGAUGAGGAGUUGCCAGAGGUCCAAAGCAGGCCCGGCAGCAAGAGAAACAGUAUGCAGAGACAGGACGACGAGGAGCAGUGA